UACUUCAUCUUGUUCGCCUUGUUAUUGGCUUGCACCGCAAACCUGGUACCUAGAGCUGUGGAUUUGGGAAAAGUUUACAAAUUUUUCACAGAUGAAAGCAAGGGAAGAGUCAUUGCUGUUUACAUCGCCUUGGUAGGAAUUGUUUGUUUGUUUGUUUUUUGUUUUUGCUACCUAAUAACUCGCUAACCAGCGGCGUAGCUACUUGUACGCACAGUACGCACGUUAGCCUCCCACGCAGACGUUCUUAGGGGUUCCUCACGCGUUCCUGCCCCAGGAACACGUGAGCAACCUUUAAGAACGACUACGUAGGGGGCUAUACGCACGUGCGUGUCUUAAAAAGUCGAUCUUCGCAGAAAAGUUGAUCUUAUUUUAUUUUAUUUAUUUAUUUUAUUAUUUUGCCACACACAAUUAAGAUAGAAAAGAUAAUAAAUAGUUAAUUACUAUUAAAUUUAAAAUGAUCAUACAACUCGGAAGGAGUGACUGUGGCGGGUAAAUCUCCGAGAAGCAGAGCUUAUGAGGAAAAAGUAAAGAAAAAGGAUGUGCAUUUUAAGUAUAUAGUGUGCUUAGAGAAAAAUGUAGAUAUAAGGUGUUAAGGUAUUUAGGUUGUAUCUUGUCUGACCCUCUUGCUGCUUCAGCAACUCUUUCACUAGUUUAAGGGGCAUUUGGACAUCGUCUUCCUCAAAAUUUCCACGUUUUGAAUCAGAGGACGUCUUUGAGCGUGUUGCCACCAUGAUUAUGCAAAUAUUUUUCCUAUCUUCGCAGUAUGAUAAAAAUAUAAAGCGAAUUAUCUAAAAAAGCACAAUAUUCCUCAAUUCAUUUAACUGUGCCUGUUUAAUUCUUUGAAAUAUUUUUUCUAAAAAAACGUAUUUUUUUCUUUUUUACACCCGAAUGUCGGUUUUCAGAGAAGAAACAAACAAGUGAUUUAUUGGUGGAGCGAGAUAUUUUAGAGAAAAGACGGGGAAAAGCGCGAAUAUUAUAUCAAUAGCUCAGUUCAAGUUGGAUGUAUGAAGCAUGAACACGUUGUUGUAAGGGGUGGGGUUUUUUUUGGGGGGGGGGGGGCGUGGGUUGGGGUAUUUGGGAAGUGGUGCAUACUUUUGGAAAAAUCUUGGCAACGCGCCCGCUAACGUUAGGUAAAACAUUAAGCCGAUGAGCACUGAAGACCGAUCGAACCACUGCUAUUAGACUCGAAGGGCCACUUAUCGCAAGCUUAAAACCCACUUCCUUAAGUUCCUAUUUAGCUAAAAGAAAUAUUUUUAUUCCAAGAAAGUAACACCACCACUACCUCAACAGAGGCAACAUAGAGCUUUUAAGAAGGAAAACAUCCUUCUCGGCAAUCGCCCAAAGAUUUCCCAAUAAAAUUUCAAUGAGAUUUUCUUAACAUCCUUACGUGUCCUUUUGCUUUACAGGCCUUUGGCUUUAUUUCCUGUAUUUUGUUCGUCGUGGAUAUGGUAUUGAAUUAUAGGUUAUUUCAGACACAGAGAGCGCAGGAGCUUCCCGGCCCUGCUUCGCAAGCCGGACCCCCCCCAGAGAAGAGUUUGGGAUAUUAACAGGGAAUACCUCAAAUCGCCAGUGUUCUACGUCAAAUUGGCAGAAUUGGUAAGUCGGUUUUAAUACCUUCAUACAAGGGAGAUAGAUCCAUGCCCAAGAGAUAUAAGAAAUAUAAACAUAAAUAACAAAACAGCAAAGACAAAAGCAACUGGAGAUUUCCCGAUAGAAGAAACGUUGUGCUCUCAUUUGCCGUCACUAAAGGUGACUUUUUGUACUAUCAAAUCCCAAGAAAUGUAGUUAAGAAAUUGCACUAUAAAACCUUCAUCUCUCCAAUACACCAUUCUCCAAUAUCCUCCUCCCUGGGUGUUUAAGGCCAAAAUGAUUAAUAAUAAUUAAUGACAAUGAUAAUGAUAUCCCAAGAAAUUACUGAAUCAACUUGACACUCCUUGUGUACGGAUAAUAGAGCCCGGCCGUUUCCCUCAUCCAAAAGGAAAAAUUAAGGAAAUCUUGGGUAACUUCCCCUACCUAGCUUUCCCCUCGUUCUCGACGAAAUGAUUUUAAUCAUAUAAUCCCUUUAUAGGUCGGCCUUGAACUGGUGUAAUAAAGGAUGUCCACGAAAAACUCGAUCAAACUUGUACUUUCAUGUUGUCUUGCUCAAAGAGAAAAAACAAACCAACAAACACCGUACCACAAAUAAAAAGCAGACGUUUAUUUGGUAACACUACACAUGACUAAUAAUUUUCAAAAAAAUACGGUACUGAAAGUAAUUCAAAGAAAGUCAUUUGACUUUGCUGCGUUUUACUUCUUACAAGGCCUUACUGUUUGGAGCGUGGGUGUGCAUCUUGAAAUAUUUCGACAUGGAUUUAAUAAGACAAGCUGAAGCUGCUUCCUCCAGUGGUACAUCAUCUUCAACUCUUGAUCUUUCAAAAGAAGAAUUCUUCAGAGGAAUCACUAUUUUCGACUGGGUGAUGGUCAUCCUCUUGGCUCUGAUAUCUAUAUUCAGUUUUGACAAGAUCAGCAGUCGUUCCUCACCUUGGACCCUGACGGUAAGUGAUCAUGACUACUUACCCCUCCCCCAGUGUCAUCUCCUUACUCAGCCCUAACCUCCAACGCGGUCAAACGCUUGAGGCGUCUUCCUUAAGUAGGUUGAGUUUGAUCGUUCGAGUGAACGUAGUCCUGAAUAGGACUGUUGUUGUUGACAGUGACUGACGUUUCGACAACCUGUGCAUGCGGUAGUUAUCUUCAGAGUCAAAGUGACUUGUAUCACGUCAGUUGAUGGUAUUAAUAAACUCUGGUUAUUGACCUGAUUGGUCAAUUGGUCGCUAUGUUAUUGGUCGUCUGUCAGUUAAGCCGUGGUGUUAUUUUACAUUGGCUAUGAAGACUGCUCGUAAUAUCUUUCCAUUGUUCUCAAAGUAUUAAGCCACAUUUUGUUGAAAACGUUCGCGACCAAGUAAAACAAUACCGGAAAAUGGUCCCGAGGAAAACACUUGUUUCAGUUUUCAAACACUCGGAACUUGUGAAAGAAAAGAAAGUUUAGUAAAUUGACAGCGUAUUUGUGAACUGGAAAUCAUAAACUUUCAACACUGAAAAUAGCAACCUUGACUAAGAGGUACUUUGCUUAGCUUUUGUAAAUUAAUUUGGUUUGACCGCGUUGAGCUGUGAAGCCCUAACGCCAAUGAGACAAAUACUUCUCCUGUUAACUUCUCAUUCCGCUCCCUUCUUCAAACAUGCGCACUUUAUUCUCAGUUGUGAUUGUCUUAUUCAGGCGCGGGUCAGCGCCAAAGGCGGAAGUUCUAGGGGGACUGGUCCGUGGGCAUGCGCGCUCCCUCUGGAAACUUUUUGGGUUUUAACUCCCAAAGGUCCCCUUUCCUGGGUUCCUGAGUUUUUCAGACAGGAUAUUGGCAAGAUUUCAACUUGGAAAGUCUUUUUUUUUUAUUAAAAAUAUAUUUAUUCAUGAAAAAUCUGACCUAUUUUUGUAAAACGGUGGAAACCGGUUGGGUCCGCGCCUGAUUAUUCGUCAUGAUUACCCACAUUUACAAUUAUGAGUCUAUUUUUGAAAACUAUGAUAAGUCUCUAACUUUAGAUUCAUGCAUAUACUCUGUGGAUAGACCAAUGAGAUCGGCGGUUGGCUAAUUCAAUAGUAUAAUCUGAUCCGCAUCCUCCCUUUCUGUAGGUUUUUUUGUUUUACAUUUUCCUGGCCAUCUUGCUGAUUGCUUCCUGUGGAAACCUCGCUCCUCUUGUGGUGGACUUAGCAAAGGACUACAUAUAUGUGUAUCCCGAUGAGAAGAAGCAGUACUAUCUUGCUCUGUUUAUUGGCCUGGUAAGUAACCGGUUAAACGCGAUUAAUACCAUCUUGGCUCUAAAUUAGUAUAUUGACAGCACCUAUCUAAUCAUCAUUUGAGCCCCCUGAUCAAAAGAUUUUUCCACAUUAGCAUUCAUUAUCACCGUCAUCAUAAUCAUCAUCAUUAUUUAUAAUUACCAUCAUCAUUAUCUUAAUAGUUCAUAGUUCUUGUUUGUCAUUACUUUUCGUAUGGCUAGAUGGAUGAGCGGGAUACAACUUUACACCUAAUGUUCACCAAAGGUCGGAGUUGUCUAUUUGGUGGUCGAGCCUCGAUGGUUUUAGAUUUUUUCAUAGCUGCACAAAUUUAUAAUUUCAUUGCUACUGGCUCCAAGAACAGAAUUUACGCAGUCACCCUAAGUUAGGAUAUAGCUGUUAAGAGAUUUUCUCAUGUAAAAAUAAGUUAUUUACAAUACAGCAGAGGUCAUAAAAACCUCAUCUUUACAGGUAUCAAGUGAACGUUCCUGUUUGCAGCAACUCAUCAGCGUUAUUGCAGUUCCAGAUGGCGUCAGCUAAUGUGAAGUUCGACAAAAGGACUUUGAGAUAUCCCGAGAUAUUUUUAUAGCUAAUAAGACUUAAAAAUACGACCAAAUCCAAGGAAAAAAUAAUGACACAUUGUUCGACUCAUCUGAAUAAUAAAUUGUUGAGGUUCUACAUACACCGAUGAAGUUAAUGUUUUGCAAUUUAAAUCCAGAUCUCGUUUUUCAACAGGGCUUGGGCUUCAUCGCCUGGAUAAUAUUCAUCGUGGAUAUUACUUUUCUGUACAAGUUGUACCGUCAACAACGAAUGCAAGAAUUGCCGCUUCAACAGGUGCCAGCAGGCCAAACAGUCGUCCAACCUGGUGUGGUCAUAAUGCCCCCACAGGCACAGGGAGGGCAACAGACAGCCUUUCAACCGUCUGCUCAUCCGGGCCAACAUGUGGUGCAAUAUCCGGAACAACGUCCCCCUCCUUUUUACACCCCACACCCUUAA